AUGGAACAGAGUCUAGAAGAUAAGAAAAAAGGAAAAUCAACUAAAGUAGGAGAUGAAACAAGUCGUAUUCGAAUGAAGAAAACAUUACACAAACAUCUCACAGACCUUAUGAAUGCUAUGGGAAAGAAGAUGACAUUAAAUGAAUUAGUGGAAAUAUUAUAUGAUGAUUUUAUUAAACAUGGAGACACUAAUAAACGAUGGACAUUAAAUAAACCAACUCAAUCAUCAAAUGUAACAAUUUAUCGACCACAAGCAUUUUUUAAGGGAUUGAUCUUCCCUCUUUGCCAAGAGAAAGAUGUCACUCUUAAGGAAGCCACAAUCAUUGCAUCUAUUUUACACAAAGUUUCUAUUCCUUCAAAACAUAGUGCAGUUGCACUUUAUAAAUUGUCAACAAUGGAAUAUAACUCUACUCAAGCUCUAUUUUUGAAAACACUAUUAGAUAAAAAAUACUCUCUUCCAUAUGCUGCUCUUGAUGCUGUUGCUAAUUAUUAUAUUGGGUUUAUUGAUAAAAAAGUUGAUACACCAUUAUUAUGGCAUCAAGGGUUGUUAGUUUUUGUUCAAAGAUAUUCUAAAGACUUUAAACCACAACAAGUCCAACAAUUAUUACGAUUAUGUCAAGUUCAUAGGCACCAUGCAAUUACCCCAUUAGUUAUUGUCCAGUUACAGAAACAAAAGGAUUGA